AUGCCUGAUUCGAAUCUAUUACUCGCUUCUUUUCAACUUCUUACAGUUUACACCUCAAUAGUACAGCAAAUUGCGUUUAUAGGUCGCUUAAAUGUAUUAUUUUCACUUGUUCUGUUUAUCCCAAUUACAUUUUUUAUUCAACGGUGGACGAAUGUUAUUGAAGAAGAUAUAGGUCUGCCUAAAUACUGUGACCAAGAUCUCAUUCGCAAACAUUUUAUGGAAGACAAUAGUCCUGAACAGCUCUUUCAACAGAAACCACGUCGCACUGGUUUCAAUUAUCAAAUAGACAAUGCUAAUUUUUGUGGUUCUUCACCAGUGGAUGCUCUGAUCUUUGUGAUUUCAAAAUCAAAGAAUGCUAACUCUCGCAAUGCAAUUCGUCGUACAUGGGGUGAUUUUGCUCGAUUGAAGUCCGUUGAUCAACUUUCUCAUCUUCGUUUUAAACUUCUAUUUCUCAUUGAUAUCGAUGAAUCUCAUUUAUUGAGUGUCAAACUUGAACAAUCGAUAAAUAAUGACAUUGUUCAAGUUUAUUUACCAGAAAGUUAUAUCUUAUCGACGUAUCGAGACAUGGCUAUUUUACACUGGACGGAUAAAUAUUGUCCCAACGCACUGACAACAGUGAAAACAGAUGAUGAUAUUUUCCUUAAUACAUUCGUAUUAGGAAAUGUAAUUAAUGCAAUCCUUGGAUGCAAUGAAACUCAUGAAACAGUAUUGAAUUGCGAUGCAUCGAGCACAUCAGCAAAUAUCUAUGGUGUGUCGAUUCUCGAUGGAAAAGCUGUUCGCCGUUCGACCGAUCCGAUACGUGAAGGUGUGCGGUACAUUGUUACAUAUGAUGAGUAUCCUUGUCGACUUUAUCCCGAAUACAUGAGCGGUUUCGGUUAUAUAGUCAAUCGUCAUGCGCGUUCGAAACUUCUCUGUACAUUCCUACGAGAUAAGCAACCAUUUCAUCUAUCCGAUGUUUAUGUUACUGGUAUUAUUCCUGAAUAUGUUGGUAUCGAACGAAAACGUUUAGGGAUUUUGAUAAGUUAUCGGUCCGAUGACAACUGUGAAGAAUUUUUUCGCGAAGCUGAUCGCGAUGCAUAUGCGUGUGCAUCAUCGAUACAUUAUAAUAGACAAAUGAAUAUAUUUGAACAGUUUAAUGCAAACUGGAAGCGAGUUUACGAAAAUAGAAAUAUGUAUCUUAGACGACGUUUUAAUUUUUCAAAAAAGAAAUAA